AUGGCUCAGCUUUACGCUAAAGGUAUUUGUCUGGAGCGCGACUCUUCGAUUCUCGUUGAUGAUGCCUCACUACGCCGUGAACGUACCAAGGCCAAAGUACCUUCGAGUAGCGGCCACAAGAGAUGGAGACGUCUUCCAGAGGAGUACGAUAACCCGAAGCAAAAGAAGGCUAUGGAAAGAUUUGCCCAAUUCAUGAUGGAUUCUCGGAUGACGAAUGUGAUCUUGCUCUUCGGCGUGUCUAACCAUAACCGAUUCCUCGAUAAUAGCAAUCGAGACGCUUCGCUGUUUCAAAUCGAAUCAUGUGGAAAUCUCGACCCUACAGCAGAAAUUUCCGAGACGGUCGGGCGAUUUUUUUUGCUCUUCCACAGAACAACCAAUCGACUGGAACGUAUUGUCCUAAUGGCCCAGCAUCCGGAGUGCACGACGCCGCCGGGCCAAAGAUCCACUACGUAUCGCAGAGUCGUAGUCCAGGACUUGCUUCUCAAUCUCGCCCUAGCACUCUCAUUCACGCCAAUCUUGCCCAAUGCCUCUUUUUGGGCUGCUUCUAUAGAGGAAGCUCGCUGCAAAAAUAUCUCAGACACUCGUACGGGUUCCAUUGUCGCCGCCGCAAUGGACAAGAUCCAGCAAGAUAUCCGUAACUUCACCAUUACGGAAGCCACAGAUCCGGACUGCCCUCAAGUGCUGCGAGAAUUUGCUAGCUCCGAAUGCUCCGGAAUGAGAUGGAUAGAUACUGUCCUGGGGCAGUAUGCCGGUGGGCAUACCGUCGAGACUGUGGCGGCGCGAGGUUUCGCAAAGCUCAAAGCUGCGCGCAGAAAUUACGUCUUGCUAAACCGUCCGAAGGGUUUUCCUUCUCUUAGGGCAGCAGCGGAGGUUGCCAUGAAAGUGAAUCGCGCCAGAGGGUUUCCAGGUUUGCAGGUUGCGCAGAAGGUUUCCCUCGCAAUGCGCCGUGCUGCCGGAUUUCCGGGUCUCGAGACUGCACGCAAGAUCGCUCUUGAAGUGAACCGUGCGAACGGAUUCCCGAAUCUCAAGGCCGCACUCGAAGUUAAUCGCGCAAGGGAGUUUCAAAAUACCAAAGAACCCUUGAAAAAGGCCUGGGAGGCAAGCCGGCUUUCUGGAUAUAAGGGUUCCAAGGAGGUUUUGAAACGAGCCCGGGAAGUGUGCCGAGAAAGAGGGUAUCCUGGUCUCCAGACGGUGGCAAGAAACAAAAUCCAGAAGCGAUUGAAGCGAGCUGUCGAAGAAUUCGACCUUGUCCGUCCAGCCGAUGGCCAAGCCGGCAGUCGCGUUGCCCGCAAGUGUGCGCUAUGUCUUUCUGAUGUCAGAGAUGACGAAUCGCCACUCUACACACGCGAAGGGCUUUAUGUUGUGUUGUCAAAAGAAGAUUAA